AUGGAGGUGCUGGGCGAGCCAGCUAUAGGCGCCAAAGAGGAGGCGACGCUGAUGUGGAGUUGCCGAGUGAGCAGGCUGUGUGCGCAGGAAAGGCUGUUUGCGCUGGCUGGGCGCGCAGAAGGGGCUGCUGUGCUGGUUGGGCAUGCAGGGGGGGUUGUUGCGCAUAAGAGGCUACUGCGCUGGAAGGGCGUGCAAGAGGGGCUGCUGCGCAAGAAGGGCUGUUGGGCGAGCCUCGUGAAGCACUGGGCUGCACGCAACGAGGUGCCGCUUGUGAAGCAGGACUUGGACUUCAGCGCCUUGGUCAAGGAUUGGUGA